ACAACCAGAAAGUCAGAAGACUUUGAAGGGACCUCGAAGAUGGCGGCACGGAUAUUUCUUCUCUGCUUACUACAACUAUUGGCUAUUAAUGUCAAUGCCGGUUUUCAAGACUACCAUGCUGCCGUUAUAGGUCGGCAGAAUACAGCAUCAAUUCCAAAUGAAUGCUCUUACGUUGUUCUGAUUCUGAGCGCUUGCCAAAUCUUGAGUCCAGGCUUCACAGCUUUGAGUCCAGAAAGCAAAGCACCUUGCCUGUGUUAUAGCGACACAGCAUGGGCUCCGCAGCUCUUCGAUGGAGCAAUCGAGACUUGCGCAUCAUGGGCGCAAACAGCGGAUCCUGUGGAUUAUCUUGGGCUCGUACCAUACGAAGGCAUCUGUACGAACGUUGGAGACAUCUUGAGUGCGAAUAAUAUAGUCCCAGGUGUUGGAACAACUACACCUGUUCCAGCUCCCGUACCACAACCAGUCACUCCGAGCCCUACGCCUACAACGUCGACUCCACCAAUUGUCGUAACGACUCCUCCAGAACCAACUCCAACUCCAACUCAACCACCUCCAGUUAUCACUCCCUCUCCAUCCAGCAGCGAUAUAGGAAUACGUGUGAACCCGGCCUGCGCAAUCGUUGGCUCGGCCUUGACCUUUUGCGAGUCGGCAACGCCAGGAUUCACAAGUUUGUUGCCACAACAAAUGGCGACAUGUCUCUGUUAUAGCAGCACAGUAUGGAGCCCUAAUGGCUUCGAUAGUCCCGUAUCAACCUGCGCUGAGUUCGUCAAGACUGCUUCGCCUACCGACUAUCCAGUUCUCUCAGGUCUCGAGGGGUUUUGUACAGCUCUUGGGGAUGUUAUCAAGUCCGGAGGUAGCGGUGCUGCGAAUACAGGCAAGCCGUUGUUCAACACCGACGCUCCAAUAUUAGAUUUAAAUUCGAGGAGUAUGACUCCUGGAACCACGCCUUCCGUAACAACGUCUCGGGGAACGGCUGCUGGAACCCCUCGGCCGACAACGAUCACGCUUAUUCCGACGACGACGGCCAAUUCUUCGAGUAACAUUCGAAAGUCUGCUUUAGAUGGUAUGGCGAAGACCAUACUUUUGAGUUCCCUGGCUGUUGUUCUAGGUCUGCUUAUCAUACUCUAAUGUCGCGUUAUGAAUUCCUGUCAUCUAGUUCCCUUUUCAAAGCUUUCGGGGAGAGGCUUGGACGCUGUAAUGAUGCAUGACGCCUGUUGAGAUGGACAUAAAGCCUACAUGGUCAAUUCAGCUAGAUUUUUGUACUCAAGGUUCUCCUUCAUGAAGCUCAGAGCCUCCGAGUGAUAUUCUGCUGAGACUUGCCAAUGAGUAUGCAAUUUCUCACAACUGUAUUUUAUUGGUAAAGUCAGCUUAUGCAAAAUGUCUCCGGCGGAAAAAGUACAACCUACACGGUAUAAUGUUCAAGAUUUCUCACCCUCAUGAGUAGACAGCGGAGCAUGUUGCCACUGCACGGCAGCUCAGUAGUAAUCAGUUCGCCAAAACGUAUGUAGCUUGCAUUCAACGAGUCAUUUGUGGAUUGACUUUGCAUUACAAGUG